CCGGCUCUCCGCGGACCACCUACCACCACCGUCGUAGCCGCGUUAAAUUGGCUCCCCGCAGAGGAAUCACCGCCUCAAGACAGCGUAAAGACAACAUGACCGGCCAACAGCAGGAGAAGUGGCAGCAGGUUGCCGAGCUAAUCCAACGGCUGGGGCUGGUAUCCGGUGGCCAGGAUGAGCCGCGAACAGCCGCCCAGGUCGCGAGGAUGACUACCCGCCAACUCCUGCAGGACCCAGUGCGGGCGGCCAUCUACAACCGGGGCUGGGCGGACCGUACGACGGACAUUCAGCGGAGGUUGCGGCCACACCGACCACCAUCAACGUCAACACCCGGCAGCCGCACACCGUCCCUGACAAGGCCACCACCCCCAGCAACGACACCUGCCCCCGUAACACCUGCGGAGCCGGCACCGGUACCCAGGCCAACGGGGGUACUCCCCGGCCCAACGGGAAGGGUGAGGACGGAGGCGCAGCAGGCAAGGAACCGCCGGAAAUUCCAACAGCUGAAGGAGAAGAGGAAGGCCAGGGAAAGCGAGGCAAGCCAACAACGUCGGCUUGCCAAGCAACCCGCGCCAACCUCAGAACCGGAAGCAGCCGGCACGCCUCCGACCAACCCUACACCGAUGGAGGUUGACAAACCGGCCUCCAAGGACGGCAAGUCCGAGGAGCCGGGACAACCCACCAGCCAGGAGUCGCCAGACCAAUCGGAGUCCACGGUAGAAAUUACCGAGACAGAUUGGCUGGUGGCGUUCGAGGGGAUGCCAGAGUUGGACGAGCACCACUCGUACUACACUCCGGUAGGGUCCCCAAAACACCCCCAAUAACACUCACGGGCGCGGGCAAGUCUACCUCAAGCGAAAGCCAGAGGUAGUACAAGCCACCCCGUCCUGAUAUGACACACGGACACCGGUACAAGUGUACCCCGUGUGACGGUUUGGCGGGGGAGUAUGACGCGGUACGCAGCGGCCACCAGUACAAAGUACAGGUACCGCAGCGACCAGUCUACACUUUUCGUCAACCGCCACUACGGGCUACAGCGCGACAACGCCAACUCCCCCACCACGCCACAAAGGCACAAGGUGGGACGGGAAGGCGAGUCGCGUAGAACGAGUACCGGCCGUCGUAGACCUACCACU